UGUGUGGGAUCUACAGUUUCCGCCGGUAGAGAGAGUUGUCGGACCCGGACGUUGGAAAGCGGUUGGAGUAGUUGUUGCCACGUCGGAAUAAGUGAAGAACCGGGUUUAUUCAUUCAGAAGCAAAUAAGGAAUAUACAUUUCUGAAGGGUUUCUCGUUUAUCUGCAGUCAUGGUUUCCGUUAUCAACACGGUGGACACCUCUCAUGAGGACAUGAUCCACGAUGCCCAAAUGGAUUACUACGGGACUCGACUCGCCACCUGUUCUUCUGACCGCACUGUGAAGAUCUUCGAUGUUAGAAAUGGAGGACAGAUACUGGUCGCAGACCUCAGAGGCCACGAGGGUCCCGUGUGGCAGGUAGCGUGGGCUCACCCGAUGUUCGGCAACAUUCUGGCGUCCUGCUCCUACGAUCGUAAAGUCAUCAUCUGGAAGGAGGAUAACGGAUCCUGGGAUAAGAUGUAUGAAUACACCGGACACGAGUCAUCAGUGAACUCUGUCUGCUGGGGUCCCUAUGAAUUUGGUCUGAUCCUGGCUUGCGGCAGCUCAGAUGGAGCUAUUUCCCUUCUCACAUUUACUGGGGAUCAGCAGUGGGACGUCAAGAAGAUCAGCAACGCACACACUAUCGGCUGUAAUGCAGUCAGUUGGGCUCCUGCCGUCGUUCCAGGCAGUCUGAUCGAUCAGCCGUCAGGACAGAAACCGAACUACGUGAAACGCUUCGUCUCCGGGGGCUGCGACAACCUCGUCAAACUCUGGAAAGAGGAAGACGGUCAGUGGAAGGAGGACCAGAAGCUGGAGGCUCACAGUGAUUGGGUGAGAGAUGUCGGAUGGGCUCCAUCUAUUGGUCUCCCCACCAGCACCAUCGCCAGCUGCUCCCAGGACGGACGUGUGUUUAUCUGGACGUGUGACGAUCCUGCAGGAAACACCUGGACGGCCAAACUGCUCCAUAAGUUCAAUGAUGUUGUUUGGCACGUCAGCUGGUCUAUCACCGGAAAUAUUCUGGCUGUUUCCGGAGGAGACAAUAAGGUGACGCUGUGGAAGGAGUCGAUGGACGGUCAGUGGGCUUGUAUCAGCGAUGUCAGCAAGGGCCAGGGAGCCGUCUCCACCAUCACAGACACACAGCAGAGCGAGCAGUGACACACACACACACACACACACACACACACACACAACAGUGACCCCGAUCUUCAUCGAUGAAUUGAGCGUUACAAACAUGACGGACAUUUCAAGCAAACAAGACAUCGCCUACACAGAUUGAGCUUUUGUUUUUGUUUGUCAGUUAUUGAGCUCCACUGGAGAUCAGCUGUUCGAUCUUUACAAUCUGCCCAGGAAAGAUGUCACAAACAUGACUGAUAAUUACUUUAAUGUAUUUCUUAUCAGAUGCACUCCACCGAUCCUUGUUUCCACCCAGUUUAGAGUUUUCUCAUGUACAUAAACGCUGGUCUGAAUAUAACUCAUCCCAUGAUGCUCUGCUCCUGAAACAUUCCACCUCCACCAGCGGAGAACAAACCUCAACCAUCACCCGGGAUGAUCAGCAUCGUGGGAAGCAGCAACCCCCUUUUAUUUCUACACUUAGUUUAUUUGCUGUUUAAUUAAAAGAGCUUUGUGUUGAGCAGGAAGCUAUAAAACAACUCUCUUCUGCUCAGGCUGAAAACAAAUCCUCAUGUUCCCACAGACAAACAGCGUCAUCAGAGCAGAGCAAAACAUUAUUUCCCUGUCUGCUUCUCAUUUAAUUAAUAUAAUUAUCAGUAAAUAAAUGAUUUUUUUCAAUAAACAUUGAAUGACUACACUUUAUUUUCAACUCAAGAGUUUCAUUGUCAUUAAAUGGUGUUAAAUCCACAACCUGCCUUAAUUAAUCAGCCAUUAGUAAAUCAAUAUGUUGCCACGACAACCAUGAAUGAGGCAUAAUUGUAAAGAGUUUUUGAUUGUUUUUUUUUUUCUUUCAGUCGAAGAUCAGAAACUAUGGAUGUGUUUUUCAUAUUUGAUGUAAUUAAACUAUAACGUGAAAACA